UGCGCAGGAAUUUAAACUUGGUGGAAAACUCCUCCGAGUAGUUAAAAAUCAAACAGAGGGAAUUAUGCAACAUCAAUUAAACAAUCAAGAAUUUGGUGUAAACGAAUCCGAUAAACUUAAAGUAUUAGGUGGUGAUGUUGAAAAGAUUGCAAGAUAUAAUAAUGAAUCAGAAUGGUUAGAAUCCUUAAGAAUUUAUGAUAAUUGUGAAAUUAUCAUGUAUAAUGAUAAAUUAUCACUUUAUGAGUUACUUCCAGAAAAAUUGAAAUUAAAAGUGAGAAAAGUUAAUGGCUUGAAAGUAUUUUAUUCAAAUGUCUUGACUACUAAUUAUUUUAGAGGUCAUUUUAUAAUUAAAAUUCCUAAACCACCAAGUAUUUCAACGUUUAAAGGUUAUAAAAUAUUUGCUUCUAUUUUUAAUACAGUAAAUAGAGAGCCUUUCAACACGUUUAGCAUUAGAAUAGAUUAUCAAGAUUCCGAUAAUCCAUAUUUUGUAAUUCAUUGCCUUGAGCCAGUUACGGAAAAUUCAACACCAACAAGUCUUUUAAUACCUUGGAUGGUUAUUGGAUAUGAAGAAAACCUUCCAUCUGAACCGUUUUCAAUUAAUCCCGCAAGCUAUAUAAAAUAUAUUUGGACUAAAAAUCAUGAUGAAGCAGAAAUAGAAAUUCCAGG